AAAUGGAAUGAAAAUGUGGCGUUGUCGAAAGGAGGACAGAAGGCAGCGCAAAAUAGUAGUGGGCCUGUCCUUUAUAAAACCCAAACAAUCUUCUUAAAACCCUAACACACUCACCCUUCUCCAUCCGCAGCAUCGUUCACUUCCAUUUUCCUACUGUGAUCUUCGAGUGUGAAAUUUGAACAUUUUUAUUUGAUUGCUGAGGAAUCAUGUCGGAUGAUGAGAGAGAGGAGAAAGAGUUGGAUCUUAGCUAUCCUGAAGUCGUCACCAAAUACAAGAGCGCUGCUGACAUUGUCAACAGAGCUUUGCAGCUAGUUGUCGCUGAAUGCAAGCCCAAAGCUAAAAUUGUUGACCUCUGUGAGCUAAGCGAUAAUUUUAUCCGAGAGCAAAGUGGUAACAUGUACAAGAAUGUGAAAAAGAAGAUUGAGAGAGGUGUUGCUUUCCCUACCUGCUUAUCUGUCAACAAUGUUGUUUGUCAUUUUUCGCCACUUGCAAGUGAUGAAUCAGUGCUGGAAGAAGGUGAUAUGGUGAAAAUUGAUUUGGGUUGUCAUAUUGAUGGGUUCAUUGCUGUUGUUGCUCACACUCUUGUAAUUCAAGAAGGACCGAUAACGGGUAGGAAAGCUGAUGUUCUUGCGGCUGUCAACACUGCUGCUGAAGUUGCUUUGAGGCUUGUGAGGCCUGGAAAGAAGAACAAAGAUGUAACAGAAGCAAUCCAGAAAGUUGCCUCGGCUUAUGACUGCAAAAUUGUUGAAGGAGUCCUUAGUCACCAAAUGAAACAGUUCGUGAUUGAUGGGAACAAGGUUGUAUUGAGUGUGACGAGUCCAGAUAUGAGAGUUGAUGAUGCUGAAUUUGAGGAGAAUGAAGUCUAUUCUGUGGAUAUAGCUGCAAGUACGGGUGAGGGAAAGCCUAGAAUGUUGGAUGAGAAGCAAACAACUAUCUACAAAAGAGCAGUGGACAAGAACUAUCACUUGAAGAUGAAAGCAUCAAGAUUUAUAUUCAGUGAAAUUAAUCAGAAAUUCCCUAUCAUGCCAUUUACAGCAAGGGCUUUGGAGGAAAAGAGGGCCCGUCUUGGACUAGUAGAGUGUGUUAAUCACGACCUUUUGCAACCCUAUCCCGUUCUUUAUGAGAAGCCUGGUGACUUUGUUGCUCACAUAAAAUUCACUGUUCUUCUCAUGCCAAACGGAUCGGAUCGUGUAACAUCACAUUCUUUGCAAGAGAUGCAGCCAACCAAUUCUGUCGAUGAUCCUGAAAUAAAAGCUUGGUUAGCGUUGGGAACAAAGACAAAGAAGAAAGGUGGUGGCAAAAAGAAGAAAGGCAAGAAGGGCGAUAAGGCCGAGGCUGAGGAGUCUGCUGACGCAGCGCCCAUGGAUGCAGAUGCAAGUGGCACAACUGCUGAAAAUUGAGAAGAUAAACAAAAUAUGACAUCAAAUUUUGUUACUUGUUGAUUUUCUUUUGUAUUUUGCUUGAUGGGCAACUCAAACAUGUUUAGAUGCUGAUCUUUAAUAUUUCGUGUUGCCUCUCACUUCUGUGUAAAGUUCUGGGUUUGAGCCCAUGAAAUGAAUUUUUCUUGAUACACAGUGUUGGGGCGUGUUGAUUGUGAGCUUGUUUGGUGUACUAUGUAUCGACUUUUUUUUUGUUACAUGGUAUAUGAAAGGUUGGUCCAUGAAUGAGGGCCAGUGAUA